CCGGAGCGUCACUCGGGCUGUCACAGUUCAAACUGUUCGCGAUGCUGAUGGAAAAGUCUGGAACUUUCCACGCUGCUGCUAAAUAAAAUGGCCGGGCACUGAGACGGAGGAGAAGCGCCCAGUGCCGAGGAGGAGGACGGACCACGACAACUUGCUGCGGACUGACUUGUAAUAUUUAUCAGCGGCAAGGACGCACUUUAGAAGUUGGUGACAGUCGACGGCAGCCUGGUCCAUGGUCAAGAUGGGCAAAGACUAUUAUGACAUUUUGGGAAUUAAGAAAGGAGCUUCGGAAGACGACAUCAAGAAAGCAUAUCGUAAGCAGGCGCUACGCUACCAUCCGGACAAAAACAAAGCGCCAGAAGCUGAGGAGAAAUUUAAAGAAAUUGCAGAAGCCUAUGACGUUUUGAGCGACCCGAAGAAAAAAGACAUCUAUGAUCGUUUCGGAGAAGAAGGUCUGAAAGGUGGAGGUCCCACAGGGGGUGGGGGCGCUGGUCCCGGCACAUUCAGCUACACCUUCCAGGGUGACCCUCAUGCCAUCUUCGCUGAGUUCUUCGGUGGGCGUAACCCCUUUGAACAGUUUUUUGGCGGCCGCAAUGGAGGCAUGGAUGAAGAGAUGGACACAGAUGACCCUUUCGCCCGCUUUGGGAUGGGAGGCAUGGGGGGCAGCGCAAUGGGAGGGUUUCCACGCUCCUUCAGCAGUGGUAUGGGAGGAAUGGGGGGCAUGGGAGGAAUGGGUGGUCGCUCUAGCAGCUUGAUGAAACGCCAAGACCCGCCCGUGGUCCACGACCUUGGGGUGACCUUGGAGGAAGUGUUCUCCGGUUGCACCAAGAAAAUGAAGAUCUCUCACAAACGGCUGAACCCCGACAGGCAAACGACAAGGAUAGAGGACAAGAUUCUGGAGGUGGAGAUAAAAAGAGGAUGGAAGGAGGGGACCAAAAUCACUUUUCCCAAGGAGGGGGACGAGACCCCCCACAACAUUCCAGCUGAUGUGGUCUUUGUUGUAAAGGACAAGCCGCAUCCGGUGUUUCGACGGGAUGGCUCUGACAUCAUUUAUCCAGCCAAGGUCUCUCUCAGAGAUGCCUUGUGCGGCUGCACAGUCAAUGCCCCCACGCUGGACGGCAGGAUCUUACCCGUGACAACAAAGGAUAUAGUGCGGCCAGGGAUGAAGCGGCGGAUCACUGGGGAGGGCUUGCCUUUGCCCAAGCGCCCCGAUCGUCGUGGAGACCUGGUAGUGGAGUAUGAGGUGAAGUUUCCAGAAAGACUCAGUCAGAGCGCUCGAGACACCAUCGCCCAGGUGCUCCCACCUUCUUAAAACUGAGGAGAGGAACUCGGGGACUUGCUCAAAGGAAAGAGUUCCUGGUUUCAGUCAAAGCUGCCAGCACUGUCAGAUCUCACAAGGAAGACCGCAUGGACUGGAAACUAAAAAUGGACAAUCAGAGAGACAGAAUUGUGGGACUCUGUAAACAUAAAGUGUUUUCUCAGCAACAGGAUGUCUUCCUCUUUUUAAGAAAGAAACCAUAUGCUGAUGUCAGGGCACGCUGGCUUCAUCACUGCAUCCUUUUUUGGGGUGCACUGAUAAUCCAGGGUAGACUGUGUUUUUGCUGUUAUUUCUUAUUUUGAGUGGAUGGAGGUGAAUGUAUUAUUUGAGUGGGGAUUAUAUUUCAGGGCUCCAUGAGAUGCUAAUGUGUGUUGAGGUGAACACAGUUUAUUAUUAUGGUGGUAAUAAUGAUAAUAAUUAUUAAGCCAAGGCAAAACAUUUCCUUGAUUUUUACAUCAGAAGUCAUUUACUAGAAAUUCAAGCCUUGGAGGCAGCUGUGCUGUUGUGACCACCUGAAGAAAGGGUCCUUUGGCUGGUCUGCCUAUUUUGUGUAUAAAUGUGUGGAUGUUGUAAAGUUUUUAUUUUGUUUUAUAUAGGAAUAGGGAAAAACUAUUUGUAUCACUGCAGCACUCCUAGACAUUAUUACGAGAGCAUGAAGAGAAUGGUUGUGUUACUUUCUUUUUGAACCUUGCAUAAAGUUAAAAGAAAUACUGUCUAUGCAGUAACCAAGGUUAUUUACUUGAACAAACCAAUAUUUACCUUGUUUACCUUCCCUGCUGUGUUCAUGAUCCUGGUGGAUUUACAUUCAGUGAUCGGUCUCAGUCACUGUUCAGUUUUCUAGUGUUUUUGUGGUCAUCUUCUCUUUCUAAAAAACCAAAGAGCUGUGUUUACAAAUAAAAUCUCUGUCACCUGUCUCUGCGUAACUUGCACCUUGGGGAAAAUGCUUUCCCUCAAUGACUGCAGCAUUUCAUAGGCCAAUGCCAUAUGUCCAUGUCAUAAAUAUGACCAAUGCCGGUGCUCUGUUUACUAAGCAUUCGAUCAAAAUGAGUUUGAUCAAAAUAAUAGAUCAAAAUACAGAUGUUACUCUAUGCCAUGUGAACUGUUAUUGUUUCAUUGGAAGUAAAAAAUUCUCUCUCUGACUACA